ACUUCAAAGAAGAAUAAAGAAAAACAAAACACGAUGGCUUCUUUCGCUAAAGACAUCACACAAGUGAAGCUACCAAGACCAACCCGAGUCAAGAACAAGACUCCAGCACCGCUCCAAAUCACCGCCGAGCAGCUCCUAAGAGAAGCUCGAGAGAGACAAGAGUCUCAGAUCCUGCCACCUCAUCAGAACAUCACCGAUCCAACAGAGCUUUCCGACUACAGACUCCGCCUUCGUAAGGACUUUGAGGACCGUAUCCGCCGCCCAGGACCAUCUACACAAGUAUGGUUAAACUACGCGCGUUGGGAAGAGUCUCAAAAAGAUUACGCACGUGCUAGAAGCGUGUGGGAACGUGCCUUGCAAGCAGAUUAUCGUAACCAUGCGGUUUGGGUCAAGUACGCAGAGUUUGAGAUGAGGAACAUGUUUGUCAACUCAGCUAGAAACGUUUGGGACCGAGCCGUCACGGUUCUCCCGCGCGUGGACCAGCUUUGGUACAAGUACAUACACAUGGAGGAGAUGCUUGGGAACAUCUCCGGAGCUAGAGAGGUGUUCGAGCGGUGGAUGAAGUGGUCACCUGAUCAACAAGGCUGGCUCUCGUUCAUCAACUUCGAGCUUCGUUAUCAAGAAACCGCACGUGCGAGAGAUAUCUACGAGAGGUUUGUUCUUUGCCACCCCAAACCUUCUUCUUACAUCCAAUACGCAAAGUUUGAGGUUAAGGGAGGUGAAGUCGCACGUGCGAGGGACGUGUACGAACGCGCCGUUAAGAAUCUUGGAGACGAUGAAGAGCUCUUUGUAGCCUUUGCUGAGUUUGAAGAGCGUUGCAAAGAAGUUGAACGAGCUAGGGUUAUCUACAAGUUUGGUCUCGAUCGUGUCGGAAGAGGAGAGGAGCUGUACAAAAAGUUUGUAGCGUUUGAGAAACAGCACGGGGACAAGGAAAGGAUCGAUGACGUCAUUGUCGGGAGGAGAAGGGUUGAGUACGAGGAGCAAGUGAGGAAGAGCCCUCUGAACUAUGAUGCGUGGUUUGAUUACGUUAGGUUAGAGGAAGAGGAGGCUUCUUCCGUUGGAGACAAGGAAAGGGUCAGAGAAGUUUACGAGAGGGCUGUUGGUAAUGUCCCACCGGCUAAUGAGAAACGUUACUGGAGGAGAUACAUUUAUCUAUGGAUUAACUAUGCGUUGUUUGAAGAGAUUGAAGCUGAGGAUGUGGAUCGUGCACGUCAAGUAUACAGAGAAUGUCUGAAGCUUGUCCCGCACGCAAGCUUCUCUUUUGCUAAAAUAUGGCUGUUGGCUGCACAGUUUGAGAUAAGACAACUGAAUCUCACCGCUGCUCGGAAGAUUCUAGGGAACGGGAUUGGGAAAGCUACAAACAAGGACAAGAUCUUCAAGAAGUAUAUCGAGAUAGAACUUGAGUUGGGAGAGAUUGAUAGAUGUCGGAGACUAUACGAGAAGUAUCUCGAAUGGUCUCCUGAUAAUUGCUACGUGUGGUGCAAGUAUGCUGAGUUUGAGAUUUCACUCGAGGAAACGGAAAGAGCAAGAGGUAUAUUCGAGCUUGCGGUAUCUCAGACUACACUUGACUUGCCUGAGGUGUUAUGGAAAGGUUACAUUGACUUUGAGAUGUCACAAGGGGAGGUAGAGAGGACGCGUGCUUUGUAUGAGCGACUCUUGGAACGUACGAAGCACUACAAGGUGUGGGUUAGUUUUGCAAAGUUUGAAGCUGGUGAACAAGAUGAAGAUGAGGAAGAAGAUGGUAUUGAACGCAAACAAGAGUGCAUCAGACGCACUAGAGCGGUUUUUGACCGAGCCUACGUGUAUUACAAAGAAGUUAUACCGGAGAUGAAGGAAGAAAGAUCAACGUUGUUAGAGGAGUGGCUAAAUAUGGAGAUGAGUUUUGGUAUGCUCGGGGAUGUUAGCAUUGUAAAGUCAAAGCUCCCUAAGAAGCUCAAGAAGAGAAAGGCAAUAACUGGAGAAGACGGUUCGGUAGAGUAUGUUGAGUACACUGAUUAUCUCUUCCCUGAAGAGUUGGAGGCUUCUAACCUCAAGAUUCUCGAAGCUGCCAUUAGAUGGAAGAAACAGAAGGUUGGUGCUUUUUGUAAUGUAUAAAUCUUUCCUUUGAAUAAUAUGAAAAUGUAAAUUCUUUUGCUAAAUAAAAAAUAGUUAAAAAAAGAAUCUUGUUUCGUUUUGUAUGUUUUACUUUCAUUUUCGCUAAGAAUAAUGUUUUACGUUCUUUUCAUACAACUGAUGUUCUUAUCUAAGUUCUAAGCAGUUCCACACGGUUUAAUUUGAAUAUGACUUUCGUUUAAUAAUGAUUUGUGUUAUGAUAGAUAUGUUUCUAGAAAUAAAUAGUGAAUUUAGUAUGAGAUACUUUAGUAUUUUGAAUACUCUGAUAAUACUCUUGAUGGUGACUAUUACAUGCUUGUAUCCAAGGGCAGUUGAUCCGUAAGUAAGUUGCCUAAAUUUUGUUAGAGACUAUUCUUAAAAUAGAUGAAUACUCGUGAAUAUUCAAAACCAAUUCAUUUAUUGUUAAGAAAAAUCAUAUGCUUCCCUCUGUGUUUUGUUUGAUUUUUGGAUUUUCAAGUCAAGUGAAUACUAAUAGAAAUCAACGACAUGUGACUUGGUCUAACUCAUGCAACCAAGUAAUAAUCCCUAGUACGUAGGGAAUGGAAACUCUCAAAUAGAGUGAUUCAAUAAAUAGAGAAACGGAUUCUCUGUUUUGCUAUACAAG